GAAUAUAAGAGCAGCAAGGCGAGAGCGAGAAAUUCAUGAGUUCAACAGUGCUCAGUUGGCUCAGUGAACAUUGACAGCUGAGCUGACGUUUUGUAAAAAAAUUUGUUAUGAAAGUUUUUUUUCUUCUUUCCUGAGUGUUAUUGCUGUUUGUGAAUGUGUUCAUACUAUUGGGUGCUGUGAAUAAUUGAUUCAUAGUAGAGAGUCAUGUCGGAAUUACCGGCAGAAUUGGUUGCCAAACCUUUGGCGCUCGUAGGUUUGACAGGCCUUGACACUUCAAAUCCCAUGCAUCGCUCAAUUUGGGAUGCUUUCAGCAAUAAUCGUAGACUGGACAGUCUUGCCAUACAAUUCAAACUUCUGAGCAAUACUCAAGAGUUUCCUACCAUGAAGCCAAAGAGAAAUUCCUACGAGUGGUACAUACCAAAAGGAAUAUUGAAGCGCAACUGGAUGAACAAAUAUCUCAAUGAUAUUCCGUCCCUUGUUGUGCUGUUUUAUGAUUUGGACUGGAAUGAUUUGGCUUGGAAUGAAAAAAAAAUGGAAUGUGCUUCUCGAGUACAAUCUUUCAGAGCUGCCCUCGAAGGACGUACUACAAAAAUAGCUGUUGUUCUAAUACAAAGAUUUCCAUCUCAACCAGGAUCCGAAGACAUUGUUGCCAGCGAGCGUGCAACAGCUCUUUGCGCAGCCUGUGAACUACCUGCAAAAGCUUUAUAUCUGUUACCACAUGGAGAUCAUUUAUUCGGAUACACAACCAGACUCGAAGUUGCUUUUUACGAUCUCGCCCAGAGUUUUUAUCACCAGGAAUAUCGAAUCGUGAAGAUGCACAGGGAUCAGCUCAACAGAACAGCGCAUCAAUAUUUAUUUGUGAGGCAUCAAUUUAAAAUGGCUUUUCUGAAUGAGCUCAGGCAGGAUCAACCAAUGGCUCUCAAGCAUUAUCAACAAGCGUACAAUAAUCUACUGGACAUACGGAUGGUCGACACAAAUACCUUGGAGAUAAAGACUGUGGGGAGUUUCAUAAAUUACAAAGUUUGCAGAAUAUUGUUCAGUUUGAAUCAGCCAAGAGAUGCGAUUUCGUUAUUUCGAGCUCAUACGGAAAGAUUCAAGACACGGACGGGACCACCCGAGCUAAUAUUCGAGCAUCACGCAUGGAUGUCGAAUCAGUAUUCAACGUUUGCCGAACUGUUCGAUGAGGCAAUCAGAAACGGUUUGCCGGCAGUUCAGACCCAACAUCCGGGUUACUUUUUUCAGCAAGCUGCCCAUCAUGCUGGUCUCCGACACUCGGCCUGCAAGGAGCUUUGCAAAAAUGCUGUGAAACCAUCGACCGAUAUAAAUCCUCUUGGCGACGAAGAAAAACUUGAAUUCUAUGGCCAACGAGCUUGGCGACCUGGAAAAUUAAGCGCCGAACCUGCCGAUAUGGCGCGUGAAGCAAUUGCCAUUCAGGCACUUCAAUACAGAGAAAAAACGACCGUUAAUCAUUCCAGUAUCGUUAUAGGUCUACUAGGCAAUGCGAUAUCGCAGUUCAAAAUAUAUCGUUGUCCUCGAAUGCGUCGACUACUUGUCGUAGAAAUGGCUGAGGAAUACUACCACGCUCGAGAUUAUGGCAAAGUUCUAACAUUGUUAAUGCAUAUGCUCUGGGAAUAUCGAGGCGAACGCUGGCCCGUUUUGCUAACAAAUAUUAUUAAAAAUGCACUGAGAGCGGCUUACCUAGCUACGAGUAUUCAGGAUUAUUUGACCCUUGCCCUCGAAGCGCUCGGACCGUCGACGGCUUUUGCAAAAAAUCAUCAAGACGCCAUCCACGCUAAUAUUUUCAAUAUUCUCGAGAAAAAACCUCCACAACCUGAACAAGAUCUUCCGGAUGACGAGACGAAAAUUUCGGCGGCUGAAAAGUGGAUCGCCGAGCUUGGACGCUCCGAGCCUUUGAUUUUCACAAUAGACGACAGUAACAUGGCAUCUUUUAUUCAAAUAAAAGCCCGCUUUGUUAGCAGCAAAUUCCUCGUUGGAAAUCCCGUGAAAAUUGAAUUAUUCGUGAGAAAUCUAUAUCGAGGGCCAAUUGAAUAUUCGAAAUUAAUGGUCACUGUUAGUGGUACUAGUGGUAACAACGAAUUCGUCGCUACACCAGAAAAUAAUGAAGACUCCUCGACUCUUCAUCCUAAAGGCACAAAAAAAUUCGUUUGCCAGUUUGUUGCGACCCAUCAAACAAAUCCAAGUGAUAUUCACAUCAGCACCGUUUCACUUUACAUUGGAAAUGAAUCGAAAUGUUGCAUCAUCAUGCGUUUUUCAACGACCAAUGGAGAAACGAAUAUGCUCGAUCGUUUCUACCCCGAAAUACAACAAUUGAGGGGAGGAAGUUUUGACGCUAUAAAACCUCUUACGAGCGCACACAUUUCCAACGUUGGAUCGAGAAUCGCUGUUCGUACAGAAUCACAAGGUCCUGCUUUAAUCGGUGAAUGGUUACCGAUCAAAAUUUUUUUAUCUACCAAAGACGAUAUUGACAACGUUUCGUUGUCAAUGAAAAUUGUCCAUGACUCAAGUGAACAUAACAACAAUGCACCUAAUAAUGGAAUCGAUACUACCGCGGAACUGAGUUUAACACGCGACGCAAAAGAAACAGUCAUAUCAAUGGAUCUUGAAAAAAUUUUUGCGAGGGAUUGUGAAACACCGAUCGAACGUGUCGUAUUUGCAAGAUCACAUCAAGUUGGCAAAUGUAUAUUGAAUAUAAAGAUUGACUACAUCGGGGUGAAUGCAGUCAGAGAAUCGGAAGAAUUUAUGCACAUGUUAUCGAUCGUAAUGCCGUUCGAAGUAACCACACAAUUUUACACCAUUCAAUUCGAAUCUUUGACGAAAGCGUUUAUUGACGAUCCUUUUAUCAUAAUGCCUCACAUUAGUUGUACAUCGCCCUGGCCAAUCGAAAUUAUUGACACAUCCAUCGAGCUGGGUAGCUCGAUAGAGAGACGUGACGAAAUUCCACCGAGGUCCACAGUAGCUGGUGUGAAACUUCAAGAGGGUGAAACUGCGACCGACGCUUAUUGCGUAAUUGCUAAAGCCGGAAGUGAACAACCAACCACGACAGGACUGUACACUAUUCGGUGGAAAAGACAAGACGACGAAAGUGCGAUCGAAACGAGCAGUAGCGUUACUUUGUCACCUUUGUGGGUCGAAGACGCCGUAGUUGGAUUAGAAGCCAAACUACCGGCUUAUGGUUGGGUUCGGACUCCACUUUCCAUCUCUUAUUACAUACGAAAUCAUUCCUCGCAAUUGUUUACUCUCCGUCUCUCCAUGGAAGCCAGCGACGCUUUUAUGUUCGGAGGACAAAAGCAGAUCGAUUUAUGUUUGAGGCCAAAUAAUGAGAAAAAAGUUGAAUGGAUUCUGCGUCCUCUUGUUGCCGGAUUCGUGGCUCUUCCAACGUUGUCCCUCACCGUGCCGCUUGAUGAAGAGCAGAAGCUGAGUAAAAGUCGUCUGGCCGAGGUCCUCGACAGAUCUCUGCCAACUCACAUUUACAUCAUGCCGGAAAUGCAAUCGGACGAGACGUGAAACGAAAAAUGAUUGUUUUAUCAAUAAUGAGCACUUGUAUCAUUGAGCAUCGAUUCGUUGCUCGAAUUCAAACUCGUUAAUUAUAUCAUAUUUUUUCCUCAAACGUA